AUGGACGAAACAGUUGCCAUGAACCACCUCGCCUCAACCUCAUUCCCCAUGGUCCACGGCAAGGACGAAAGCGAGGACCUUGCAUCCAAGAUUCUUGAACUCCAGGAAGGGCUUCGAGACUUUAUGAAGCGCGUGGCGACAGUGCACGAGGAGCACGACAAGAAGCGGGACGAGAACGUGAUGCUUCAGCAGUACAUCGCCAACCUCAUGAACUCAAAUGCCGUCCGCGGAGAUGCUGGCGCCAAGUAG